UAAUCAAGAGGAGAAGCUCUCGAUCGAGCAGCAACGAUGGUCAGGGCGCUGGGUAUUGCUGCGGCAAAGGGUUUCACCGCCGGUUCCAUGCACUAUACGCCCAGGGGCGUCAUCUGUCUAGCUUUCGCCUUCGUGGCCGCGGUUGCCAUCGUCGCCGUCGCCGUGUUCGGCUGCGCCGGCCACAAGAGCUCCGGCGGGAAGAAGCCUAGACGUGGUCAUGGUGGCUCCUAUUGGGCAACAGGAGCAGGCGCAGGCGCCGGCGGCUACGUUGGAGACAGCGGUGGUGGUGGUGGAGGCUGUGGUGGCGGUGGAGGCUGUGGAGGCGGAGGCGGCGGAGGUUGCUGAGGAAGGACAUCAUACUGCAAGACCCAUGAUAUUGUUUCGAUAAAUUUCACUUUAUUCAAAUAUAUUUGUAAAUAAUACUUUCAUUUUCGAAGAUGUUGUAAAUGCAUGCUCAUUUGUUUACAUAUUCACAUUCAUCCAUAUAUGAUCUAUCAUAUCAUUGUUGGAA